ACCCUAAAUUGUGAAUAUUAUUCACUUUUUGCUUUCGAAAUGAUUGAGGUAGUAGACCCUCGAUUUUCAGCCAUGGAGAAAGGCACUCUUGCUUUGAAUGAAUCCAAAAAUCCCAAAAUCCAUUUAGCUCAAAAGUUGUUGGCAGAAUUUGUUGGCACAUUUUGUGUCAUUUUUGCUGGGUGUGGAUCAGUGGCGGUUAAUAAACUUUACGGCGGCACUAUAACAUUCCCGGGAGUGUGUGUAACAUGGGGCUUGAUCGUUAUGGCCAUGAUAUACACCGUUGGUCAUGUCUCCGGGGCGCAUUUUAAUCCUGCGGUUACUGUUACAUUAUCUCUUUUAGGAUUGUGUCCAUUUAAAGAGGUGGCUUUUUAUAUAUUGUCACAACUGUUUGGGUCGAUUCUUGCAAGUGGGAUAUUGUCGUUGAUUAUGGAUGUGACUUCGGAUGCAUAUUUUGGAACCAUACCCGUGGGUUCGACUGUUCAAUCGUUUGUUGUCGAAAUAAUCAUUACUUUCAUCCUUAUGUUUGUUAUCUCGGGUGCUAGCAAUGAUCAUAGGGCGAUAAAGAAGCAUGGAGGAAUUGCAGUUGGAAUGACCAUUAUGUUAAAUGUGUUUGUGGGAGGGCCGAUUUCUGGAGCAUCAAUGAAUCCGGCAAGAAGUCUUGGACCGGCUAUUGUGAAGUGGAGGUUCAAAGGAAUUUGGGCAUAUAUCUUUGGUCCGAUCAUCGGAGCAGUCACUGGAGGCUUUGUUUAUAAGUUGUUGACGCCGACGGAAAAAUCUUUUAGCGAGAUUGUGAAAAGAAGUGGAUGAUCCUUGGCUUUGAGAUCGAAGCUGAAUUUGUUUAAUUUAGUUUUAUUAAACUUUUUUGUGUUAUUUAGAUGUUAAUAUUGUUAAGGGUUUUUUUUUUUUUUUUUUGUAGUUUCGGAUGAUUUUAUUUUAUGAAAACUGGGAUGGUUGACAAUUUGGUUAA